AUGACUCCUAUGGAUUUACACAUCUGUGGAAAUGGAAAUCACUCCAAAAUACUGUACUCGUUUAUUUGUAAAAAAGAGGCUUACUUUAACAAUACUAAUCGCAGUGACUUUAGAAUGGAGCGUGCCCCCUGUGGUCCCCCAAUUUCUCAAAAUAUGGAUUCUUUUCACUGCAACGUUGCGUGCAGGUACGAGAGCCUGGGCGUGGUGGGCGAGGGCUCCUACGGCCUGGUGCUGCGCUGCCGACACCGGGAGAGCGGCCAGCUCGUCGCCGUCAAGAAGUUCAUCGAGACCGAGGAGGACCUCACCGUCCGUAAGAUGGCGCUCAGGGAGAUACGCAUGCUCAAGAAGCUGCGCCACGAGAACCUGGUGAGCCUGCUGGAGGUGUUCCGGCGCAAGCGGCGCUUCUACCUCGUGUUCGAGCUCAUGGACCACACCGUGCUGGACGAGCUGGAGGAGCGGCCCGGCGGGCUGGGCAACCACACCACCAGGCAGCACAUCUUCCAAGUGCUGCGCGCCGUCGAGUUCUGCCACGCCAACAACAUCGUGCAUCGCGACGUCAAGCCGGAGAACGUCCUGGUGUCGCGCCUGGGCGUGGUCAAGCUCUGUGACUUCGGCUUCGCCCGCCUUCUGGCCUCGCCCGGCAAGACGUACACGGAUUACGUGGCGACGCGCUGGUACCGCGCGCCGGAGCUCCUCGUCGGCGACAACAAGUACGGCAAGGCGGUGGACGUGUGGGCGGUGGGCUGCCUGUUCUCCGAGAUGCUGUCGGGCGACCCGCUGUUCCCCGGCCAGUCGGACAUCGACCAGCUCUUCCAGAUCAUCAAGGUGCUGGGCAGGCUGUCGCCGCGCCACCAGCAGCUCGCGGCGCGCAACCCCAUGCUGCGCGGCCUCAAGCGGGGCUCCCUGCUGUUCCCGUCGUGGCCGCGCCUCGCCCUGGACGCCGUGUCGCUGUGCCUGCGCCUCGACCCCGCGCACCGGCCCGCCGCCGAGACGCUGCUCAGGCACCCCUACUUCUCGCACGACCGCUUCCCCGACAGGUUCGUGCCGGAGCUGCGCGCCAAGGUGCAGCAAGAGUACUCCAGCAACCCCUUGCUGCGGCGGCUCCACGGCUCCGGCUCGGGCACCAGCCUGGCCAGCGCCAGGAGCACGGGGACGGGCGUGGAGGGCAGCGGCCACGGCCAGGGCAUCGAGGAGGCCGGCAAAGGCGCCCUGACCACCACGCAGCUGCGUCGCGCACCCAGCCUGCAGCACCCCUUGCUGCACCAAGACCAGGAGCAGCUUGUCCACGACGGCGCGCGGUGGCGGCGUGGCGAGCACGCCGAGCUUGCCGCCACGCCCGUGGACGUGGCCAUGGAAGAGGCGGCGUCGGGCAAGCGGUCCCGGGCGGAGAACGCCGCCGAGGACACGCUGUCCCUGCUGGAGCACCACGUCCACGACGGCCACGACUUCGAGGACCAGCACCACGAACAGAGCGGCGACCAUCACCAGCCCUACAGUGGUGGCGUGGUGCUGGAGCCGUUGCCGCAGUCCGCGGGCCCGACCGCCAGCGCCGACCCAGUGGAGCCCUUCGAGGCGCUGCAGGCCGACGCCCUCCAGGCCGAGCCCUUCCAGCUCCAGCCCUUCCAGACGCCCAGCCCGCGCCGGCAGCACAACCUGCUCUCUCAGGAAGCGUACCAGCCGCCCCCGGCCCCGCCCCCGGCCCCCUCGCAGCAGAUGCAGCACGAUGACGACCAGCAGCAGGCCGCCGUGGCCGCGCCCUGGCUGGCCGAGCCGCAGUACCUGCACCCCACCAUCAACACCCUCAGCUUCAACCCGUCCAGCCACAUGGGCAGCCACACCAGCUUCGGGGAGCCCCAGCAAGGGCAGGAGGAAGUCCAACGUCGGGGCGCUGGCGGGGCAGCACGUCGUGGGACAGCAUGUCGUUGGGCAGCACGCCGUGGGGCAGCACGUCACCAAUGCGGCCGGCGGCGGCCUGCGAGCGGCCCUCAGGGAAGACCACUCCUUGUCGCCGAGAGGAUCACAUUCCCGUUCACCGUCGGUGACAUCCAAGACCACUUCGAAUAAUUUGCCCUUCGUCUAAAUGAUCCUAUUCAAGCACGAAGACUUAAAGUCUACAAGAGGACAGUGUGAUUUGUACAGACUGGUGUUUAUAUAACUGUAAGAGUAGGUUUUUUAAAUGGCAAAGUUGUUAAAGUGAAGUUUUGAAAAUAAAUUAUAUAUAAAUCA